AUGGAGAAACUCUCCCCGAUCUACUUCACGCACGAGAUGACAGCCAGUGCGUCGUCGUCGCUUGAGACGCAGGAGUUGAAAGAAUGCCACUCCAAUUCAAAUAUCGAGGCCAGGGAUGCCUUGAAACCGAGGAACUGGUCCUCGAAGCGGAAGACAAUGCUCUUUGUGUCGCUGAUGACGAGCUCGUUGUUGGCAGAUGGAGCUAUGGUCUGGGGUGGAACGCUGGUCACGGAGCAGGCAGUAGCUUGGGAUACGAGCAUCACUCAUUCGGCGACAAGUAUGAAUUAUGGUAUUCUGCUGCAGGGGCUUGGGGGAAUUUUUGCUGUUCCACUCAUUGAAGCAUAUGGUCGUUUGCCUAUCUGGCUGUGGCCUCAGGUGAUCACCAUGUUCAUGGUGAUGGGUGCUACCUUCUCCAACGAUUGGUCUACCUUCACAACGUUCCGGUCAUUACAGGGUCUGUUUGGGACAGUGCCUCAGGUAAUUGGGCUUCCGAUAAUUCAUGACAUGUAUACGUCGGCUGAAUGGCCGCGGAUGAUCAAUAUUUGGGGGACCACCUUCCUUGUCGGACCAUUUCUCGGUCCCGCGAUAGCAGGAUACAUCAGCACCGGGUCAGACUGGCGCAUCUCCUUCGCGGUCCUGACCGCCAUCUAUGGCAUGUCCACGGCUAUGGUGAUCCUCUUCGGCUAUGAGACGUACUAUGAGCCUGAACGAACGACCAAGCAGUCGCGCCUCGCGUCUUAUUUUGGCAUUGGGAAUACUUUGCUUCCCAAGAGAUCGACGUUGAGCUACUGGAGUCGAACGGUUGUGGUCUAUGUGUUCAAAUUCCCCUUGUUGAUGACUGGAAUCACAACCACCAUCGAUCCCUUCCUGCACAGUCCCCCCUACUUGUUUGGCACAAUUGGGGCAUCGUCAAUGCGAUUCGCCGGAGUGGUUGGAGCUUUAUGUGGUUGGGCAGUUGGUCACUUCUUCAACGGCUGGAUCUUCAAGCGCCAUCGCUCAACUUGGCGAUCCGAACUCCGCCUUCACGGCGUGUGGUUCCCGAUAGGGAGCAUGGCCAGUGGUCUCCUCACUUACGGACUAACCCUACGCUUCGGCAAGCAUUGGGUUGGAAUAGCUAUUGGAUGGAUCAUGGUGAACAUCGGCUUGGUAGCGACGAUUGUUGCCAUCUCAGCCUAUGCGUUGGAGAAAUACCCGCAGCAGGCGACCUGUGUCUCAGCCAUUCUGAACAUGUGGCGUACCUGUGGUGGGUUCGCAGUGGGAUACUUCCAGCCUGCAUGGAUUCAGCGCAAUGGACUGGGACUGGUUUUCGGUAUUCAGGCGGCUAUUCUGUGUGUGGCCGUUGCUUUGACAAUCACUCCUGCGUUCUUGUGGGAGCGGAACAGACAGUUCAAAGCCGAGGCUAAUGCCGAUACUGGCGCCUGA